AAAAAUAUUAGGGAGCCCAUCAGUGGCGUAUCCACCGUGCUCCGCCUGAUGCAAGUCGGUACUAAAACACUGAGAAAAUUAAAUAAAAUAAAUAUUUAAAAAAUCGCCGACAAAUCUGAGAUCUCUCCAAUUAUAAGAUUUGCAUCUGAUCUUGUGUCGAAGAAGAAGAUAUUUCGAGUGGUGAAGAAGCUGAGCUAAGCUAAGCUAUGGGGCUACCUUCUUCGAAACGUAAUAAUCAGCGUCAAUGGAGCCUCCUCGACAUCGUAACCGCCGCCUUCUUCGGCAUCGUCCUUCUCUUCUUCAUCCUACUCUUCACUCCUCUCGGCGAUUCCAUGGCCGCCUCUGGUCGCCAAACGCUGCUUCUCUCCACCGCGUCAGAUCCGAGGCAACGCCAGCGGCUGGUGACUCUGGUUGAGUCCGGUCAGCAUUUGCAGCCGAUCGAGUAUUGUCCCGCGGAUGCUGUGGCUCACAUGCCUUGCGAGGAUCCGAGAAGGAACAGCCAGCUUAGUCGGGAGAUGAAUUUCUAUCGGGAGAGACAUUGUCCCUUGCCGGAGGAGACGCCUCUCUGCUUGAUUCCUCCGCCUUCUGGAUAUAAGAUCUCUGUUCCUUGGCCGGAGAGCCUACACAAGAUAUGGCAUGCAAACAUGCCAUACAACAAAAUUGCUGACCGGAAAGGUCACCAAGGAUGGAUGAAAAGGGAAGGUGAUUACUUCACUUUCCCUGGUGGUGGCACCAUGUUUCCUGGCGGAGCUGGCCAAUACAUUGAAAAACUUUCUCAGUAUAUCCCUCUUAACGGGGGAGUUCUCAGGACUGCCCUUGACAUGGGAUGCGGGGUCGCAAGUUUUGGAGGUACUCUACUAUCUCAAGGCAUUCUGGCCCUCUCGUUUGCUCCAAGAGAUUCACAUAAAUCGCAGAUUCAGUUCGCUUUGGAAAGAGGAGUCCCUGCGUUUGUUGCCAUGCUUGGCACUCGUAGACUCCCCUUUCCUGCAUCCUCCUUUGACCUUAUGCAUUGUUCCCGAUGCUUGAUUCCUUUCACGGCAUACAAUGCAACUUACUUCAUCGAAGUUGAUAGGUUACUGCGCCCUGGAGGAUAUCUUGUAAUCUCUGGCCCACCUGUUCAAUGGCCUAAACAAGACAAAGAGUGGGCUGAUCUUCAGGCGGUCGCUAGAGCUUUGUGCUAUGAGCUAAUUGCUGUCGAUGGAAACACUGUCAUCUGGAAGAAGCCUGUUGGAGAUUCAUGUCUACCCAGCCAGAACGAGUUCGGGCUUGAGUUGUGUGAUGAGUCUGUGCCGCCAAGUGAUGCAUGGUAUUAUAAAUUGAAGAAGUGUGUUACUAGACCAUCGUCUGUCAAAGGAGAUAAUGCUUUGGGAACUAUUCCCAAGUGGCCGGAAAGGCUUACUAAAGUUCCUUCUAGGGCCAUUGCCAUGAAAAACGGGUUGGAUGUGUUUGAAGCAGAUGCAAGGAGGUGGGCAAGACGAGUUGCUUAUUACAGGGAUUCCCUGAACUUGGAGCUGAAAUCUCCAGCUGUCCGCAAUGUUAUGGACAUGAACGCAUUCUUUGGAGGAUUUGCUGCAGCGCUUGCAUCUGAGUCUGUGUGGGUUAUGAAUGUCAUCCCAGCUCGGAAGCCAUUAACUCUUGACGUGAUUUAUGACAGAGGUCUCAUCGGUGUUUACCAUGAUUGGUGUGAACCUUUUUCAACAUAUCCUCGCACGUAUGAUUUCAUCCACGUAUCAGGAAUUGAAUCACUGAUAAAACGAUCAGACUCCAGCAAAUCGAGGUGCAGCCUAGUAGAUCUAAUGGUAGAGAUGGACAGAAUACUGCGUCCAGAAGGAAAAGUUUUGAUCCGAGACACUCCAGAGGUGCUAGACAAAGUAGCAAGAAUGGCUCAUGCUGUAAGAUGGUCUUCUACCAUACAUGACAAAGAACCUGAAUCCCAUGGAAGAGAGAAGAUUCUUGUUGCAACCAAACCUCUCUGGAAAAUGCCAUCAAACUCCCACUAAAGACACACAAAAAGAAACAAAAAAAAAGAAGAAAAAGAGAGGAGGAAGGUCUUCCCAGACUUGUAGGUAACAGUCACUUUCUCUCCAGCCCCCAUAUGUCUGUCCUUAAAACACACCAUCCUGACGAUAUACUUUUUUUAUGUGUGUUCGUGACAUUGCUUCCAAAAUGUAUCGCAAUCGUAUAAUGUUAAUUCUUGAUCACACGUGGUUCUGUCAAUGAUUUCAUGUGCGGGGUCUACCUUGUGUGGCCCACAUGAGUAAAGUAUGCAUGUGACUCUGCA